AUGCCCGCUCGCCGAUCUUGGAAGCCAUAUAAAAAAAGCACAGAAGAACAGAAAUUGCGAUUUGACAAGGAUAACAGAUUCCAAAUCACAGUUUUUGGCGAUCUGCAUUUUGCUGAAGAUGAUAAAGCAGACAAAAAGACAACGGGGGUAAUGAAGAAUGUUCUUUCUUCAGAGAAAACGGACCUAGUUGUUCUAAACGGAGAUUUGAUCUCUGGCGAUGUAACAAAAAGGUCGAACUCUACCCGCUACAUUGAUCAGAUCGUUGCACCACUAGUUGAUCAUGGCUUACCAUGGGCAUCGGCUUAUGGGAAUCAUGACAGCGAGAUACAUCUGGACUCGGAGGAGUUGCUUCGUGAGGAGAAGAAACAUCCCGGUUGUUUAACGCAGAGAUCUGUUUCUGGUUCUACCGCUGGCGUCACCAACUAUUACCUGCCAGUAUUUCCACACGAGACUUCAAAUCUCAAUCAAAGCAUUCCAGAGCUCAUAUUGUGGUUUUUUGAUAGCCAAGGUGGCCACUUUCCCAUGGCGGAAGAUGAUCAUGGCGAAUCUGUUCCAAGACAGAACUGGGUUGAUCGCACAGUCGUUGAAUGGUUCACAAAAGCCAACGACAAUUUGACGACUGCUUACGGCAAAACGAUACCAUCGCUCGCAUUUACCCAUAUCCCCGUCCAGGCAAUGCGCGCAUUCCAGAACUCCGGCGUCAAUCCAACGCACCAGCCAGGGAUCGAUGCCGAGAAAGUCCACCACCAAGGUGGUGACCUUCCCUCCGGCUACCGUUCACAAGAUUUCCCAUUCAUGCAAGCAUUGCUCAAUACUUCGGGACUGGCAGCGGUUUUCAGCGGCCAUGAUCAUGGCAAUGACUGGUGCUUCAGAUGGGAUGAUAGGCUGGCUGGCAUGAAUCUCACCGGAAGUGGUGUGAAUUUGUGCUACGGCCGACGCACGGGAUAUGGAGGGUACGGCGAAUGGGCGCGUGGUGCCAGGCAGAUUUUGGUGGAUGAGAACUCGCUCCGCGGCGAUAUUCGGACUUGGAUCCGUUUGGAAGAUGGGUCUAAAUCUGGUGAUGUUCAUCUCAAUUCGACGUAUGGCAGUGACCAGUAUGCUAUAAGAGGGCAAGGCUCGGCCUUUUCCUCUCAAUAUCUGGGGUUUGUUUACUUGUGGAUGGUUGUCAUUCUUGGACUCUCGUCUGGUUUUGGUGAUUGA